AUGUCUGUGAUGGGGCCCAAUGAAAAGAUGUUGGUGAGGUCCAACAGCACACAGAGUCUGAAGACCGAGGUCGAGAGGCUAAAACAAGAGGAGAAGGAUCAGAAGGAGCGCGAGAGAAAGGAACGACUGGAGCGUCUCAGAGAGGAGUACAACUUUCGCAUGGGCACAAGCGUCAUGGAUCGGACCGACUACGGCGUGAAGAGACCGAACCCCAAGAGUUUCCCCAGCCACUAUGCCAGUCCUCGGCUCGUACGGAAGCCGAAGGGCCAGGGUCAGGUGAACGGCUCGCUGUCCCCGCCACCUGCGCCGAGGAUGUUAGCCGACGCCGCCAAGGUCAACAGCGAGCCUGGCGUCCUGCACAGCAUGCCCACGUCGGCGGCCAGGAAGCUGAACAGGUCCGUUUCGGAGAGCAAGCCGCUCGCCGUGCCGAACAAGAAAUCCCAACUCUCGUCUCCAACCCGGUCCCCCAGCUCCACAUCCAGCAGCCCGGCGCCUCCGAGACGCACUCGGGCCAGCACCCACUCCGAGGUGGAGACCGACCUUCGGCGGAUGGCCCUGGAGAGAGGCAAGGGGGCCAACGCUAACGCGGAGCCACGACCUCGGGUGAAUUCUAUGCCGACACAGAACCGGGUGGCGAAACAGAAAGGCAACAAAACGGGAUCGUUGGACAAUCUCAAGAAGUCUCCAAGAGGAUCGCAAGCCAGUCUGGCUUCUUCCAAAACCAACAGCACCAGAGGUAGCAAGGAUUCCGUGUCGUCGGCGGAGGAAAAUAUGGCAAAACUGUCACUGAGUUCAGAGGGGGUGGCCGACUUUCCACCGGGCAUCGUCGUAGACGGCGACCAGGUCUUUUUCGCCGACGGUGACGUCGACCACACAGCCGGCGGCGACGCAUCCGACGCCCACCCAAAACACGAGAAACGCGUGAAGAAGAGCCCGAUCCCGUCACAGUACAAGGGCUACGAGGUGGAUUACCAGGGACAGUUCGACAACGUGGUGCAGUCCAACUUCAAUGAGAUGCUAGGAAUCCACACUAUCCUGUCCAUGGUGAAUAAGCAGCAAUGA